AUGGCUAAAACGCUAAAGAAGGAAAUUCUUGCAAAAGUGCAUAGUGAUAAUUCUACUCCACUCUUCUCUGAUUCUAUUACUCCACCGACAACGUCUGUAGAACCUCCUGUUUCGGUCAAUGCAUAUGAUGCAGGGGCUGACACUUCAGGUUUUACAACGUCUAAUAUUUCACCUCCUAUUUCCCCUCUUCGCCAAGACGAUCCGAAUAUGAUCUAUGGGGAUGGUGAAAACGACAUGGCAGGAUUCACUUUUUGUCCAUUCACCAUUAGGACUGGGAGUGAUGAUGAAGCUCUAGUAAUGAAGGUGCAACUUAAAGCCAUCCAUGAAAAGCUUGACUCGUUGCUUAAGGCUUCAAAGCCUUCCUCAACUGAUGAAUACUCCCAAGCUUAA